CUAGCCCCGUUGUAAAUUAAGGGAAGAGGAUACUGCUGCAAUCUGCACGAUCCAUACCAUCUGAACGACAGUUCUCCCUUCGAAUUAAAGUAUGUAGAUAGAAAAUUACAUUUGAUUUCGUUUUAGAAACGAUAGCGCUUUAACGACAGACCCUCGUUCACCAAUGUCAACCACGCUAACGCUAACUGCUGACCACCGAGAGCUAUCAGUCUAAUACUCCUAAUGCAAAAGUGUAGAUAGCAGCUGAUAUCCUUUAUGCUACGAGUGACACUGUUAUCUACGAUACGUGCCUGGUAUGACAAUACCGCCGCGUUAAUGGCUUUAAUUGGCACUGCUUGCUUAGAACACAACGGAGUGUGUUUCUCUGUGAAGGAUCCAGUUGAAGUGUGUUAUUAAAGUGGCGACGUGUGGGGAGAGUGUUUAGCAAUGGUGCAGGACGAGGGCGCGUCAUCACAGUAUAUAAACAUGCAGGUCCAUACAGCGUUGACUUUUAAAAUGGUCUGAAAAGUCUCGGUCACCUGUUGGUGUGUCCCAGCCUCCAGAGAUGAUGGAGGAUUCUCCCUGCUUAUACAUCUCGGUGUAUGAAGAUGAUGUAGAAUAUGCAGAGGAGGAGGAAGAGGAAGGAGAGGGUGACAUGGAAGGCAGUGAUCAAGAAGAAGUUACGGUGGAGACGGACAUGAGGCAGCCAUCCUCCCCUGAACUCUGUGAGAAUCAGGAUUCUAACUCUGACUGGGAUUCGUUUCCCUGUCCGCAUUGUGAGAGCUGUUUCAACAGCCAACAGGGCCUGGAGUGCCACAUCCGGAACCACACCCUGCCAUGUCAUGACCCAGACACAGACGAAUACGCUAACAGCAACGGCCCACUGGCUACAGACAUACAUCCCCAGGAACCAGACACUCAUCUGUCGGGAGUGGACUCGCUCCCAAGUUUGUCCAAACAAAACAAUGGCAGGCAUGAGCCUCCGACGUGGCGAGGGGAUGAUCAGGAAACUGAAGGGGCUCACGGGUGCGACCAUUGCGAGAAGGUCUUCAACACUCGCAUCAACAAGCGGAGGCACGAGCAACGGUUUCACAGACGGCGACCGCCGGUGGAGCAGGCUGACCAGACUCCUCUACUCCAGCAAGAAGCUCCGGACGGCGGUGCCGCCCCCGAUGACGGGCCGGAACCCGCCCAACAUCACGUGCUGGACACCUCCGGCGACGUCUCUGAGAACCUCAGCCUGUACGGCGACGGAAAGGUUGCGUCGACGAGCGCGAUGAGCGAUGGCGGGGGGGUCGAGGUGGCCGCCAGCUCGUCUGCGGUAGGCGGCACGGGGUCCCUUCUGCUGGACCCGGCGCAGACCAAUCAGGCGCCGAGUUCGGAGGUCGCGACGGGCCAAGACACGGCGGGUCCCUCGCUGGCGAAGAGGAGAACCGCGACGCCGCCUCUUCUACCUCAAAUCAAAUCUGAGCUGGGGUCGGAGGUCGUCGUGACCUCGUCCUCGUCGUCGUCGCUCGUCUCCUCUUUGAUGGAGAACCUCCUGCCUCAGAGGUUGCCCUCGUCGGCGGCCCACCGAGAGAGAACCAUAUUCCUGUCGCCCAAGUUGAAACGGCUGCUCGACGAGCAAGACGGCCUCAAGCCCACCCUCGCCCUCAUCACGGACGGUCAGAAGUUCAGCGCGCCCCUCUCGGUGUCCGUCGUCCCAGCGGGGAGCAUGAGGUACAGAAGAAGGACUGUUUCACCGGCCAAGCCGCCAGAGCCCAGAGCAUCAUCAUCCAAAGUGGAAGAGAAGGUUCCUGAGGCAGGAGAUGACGUCUCGACGGACACUGCCCAUACAGAGGUGCGGCAUGUCUCUGCGACACACGCGCUCGAAGGGAAGGACGACGCAACGGCUCCGGCCUUGGAGGAGAUGGAAGCGAGCUGUGUGGCCGAAGAGCGCUGGCCCCCACGAAGUGGUGGUAAUCCCUGUAAUCAACUGCCACUGGAUCUCUCGAACGCGGUUAAAAGAGGCGAGGAAGAGGCUCUUGCGGAGGCUGCGCUGGACUUGAGCUUGCAAAAACAAGACGCCCUGCACCCUGUGUCCAUUUCCGUUCCGCCUUUGAAGAAAAAGAAGCCAAACUGUAGCCUGUUGGAGCAGGCCAUGUUGAAUCAGUAUGCAAAAGCCACGGACACGGGAGAACAAAACAUAACUCUAGGGAACCCAGAGGCACCUUUAGUCACGAACUUUACCAUAGUUACAGGGUCAAGACCCGGUGAGCCUUCAUCAGAAAGCCUUGUGUAUGGCCUCACCUUGCCCCCUGUAUCACUUGACCCAUCACACACCUCUCUGCUUCCUGUGGCCUUGCAGCAGCCCUCCGCCUGCACCAUAGCGCUCUCGUCUUCAGCAGUUCACACUAUGUUACCGACCGCUCCCAACCUAAUCACAGUGUUGGCGUCCAUCGCUAACCCCUCGAACCAAGCACUCCAGGUUGUGGCGCCAAACAUGGCUCCUGAACCGUUGGUAGUCUGCAGGGAGGAUUCAUUGAAUCUGCCCGGCUGUGAUUUCAACUCUGCGUUUGCCAAUGCGGCAGGUCUCCUUACUCUUUCCCAGGCCUUUGAUCCGGCUCUGAAUAUGCCCGGACAUGUGUUUCUCACCGAUCCGAUCGCUCUCAACACGUCUGUGGUCGAUUCGGUUGGCGGGUCGGGGGUGACGUUCUCGCCCGCUGUCACCUUAACGGAUUCCCUGCUUAGCUCUUACAACAUCCCCAGCAACACCGUGUUGAUAGAAUGCACCAUAGCCCUCCAGUCCUCAGGGAAUAUGGUCCCGGCCACAAUGAAUCUACAGGAAACUAUGGCGGAGGCUCCAGCUGCCCCUCAGAUGAUUACAAAUCAGAUGAUGGAGCAGCAGCAGCAGCAGCAGCAGCAGCAGCAGCAGCAGCAGCAGGUUGUGUCCCUCCCUAGCCCCCAAACUGUCGACCUGGCUACUGUAGCACCGCCCUUAACGGAGUCCGUCACAGUGUCUGAGACCUCUCCGGUGGCACCUGUUAGUCCCACGUUAGGUGGUUCGUAUCCCGAGCCCGGGCCAGCUCCAUCGGAGGACGAGGAACGAGACCUGAAAGAGGGGGCAUACGUCGAGCAAGCCGCCCUCACCGUUGAAACUCCACAAGCCAAGACCCCGCCUCCCCCGGUCGAGGGAGAAGAGCCCUCGGACGACCCGCCCAGCGGAACAACGCCGCCGCCGCCGCAGACCUUCACCAAGAACUUUGUGUGCAACGUCUGCAAUAAGCUCUUCCAUUCGAUGAAGGAGCUGGGCCACCAUGUGGGCGACCACGCCGAAGAGUGGCCGUACAAAUGUGAGUUCUGCGUGCUGCUCUUCGACAAGCCCUCGGCCCUGCUGGAGCACCGGCUGGCUCUCCACGGCGUGGGCACCACGUACGUCUGCAGCGUCUGCUCCAAGGAGUUUGUGUACCUGAGCAACCUGAAGCACCACCAGGAGGAGCUGCACCCGGGUCGGCAGUGCUCCCACACCCAGGAGGAGAAGGGCAAGCUGAGGCCGCAGAACCGCAACUGCUCGACGAAGGUCGACGCCGUCACGUCGCCGGCCGCCGCCGCAGAAGAGUCGAAGAAAUCGGUGAAGAGAGAAGAGGGCGAAGCCGGCGCUGUGGGACCGCCGGUUCAGAUCACCGCCUCUGAGGACGGCGACGACGACGUCAGCGAAGUCAAAGGGCCAGACGUGCGUCUCGGCAUCAACCAGCACUACCCCAGCUUCAAGCCCCCGCCGUUCCCUUACCAUAACCGAUCGCCGGCCGGAUCCAUGGCCUCCGCCACCAACUUCACCACCCACAACAUCCCGCAGUCGUUCAGCACCGCCAUCCGCUGCACCAAGUGCGGCAAGAGCUUCGACAACCUGCCCGAGCUGCACAAGCACAUCCUGGCCUGCGCCAACGCCAGCGACAAGAAGCGCUACACGCCGAAAAAGAACCCCAUCCCCCUUCGGCACUUUGCCAAGGCCCAAAGCGGAGUGCUGUCCACCACCAACGCCACCAACGGGCUCAACGCGAGCCACAGGCCCAACCACCGCUCGAGGCAGAGCCAAGACCUUCCGGUGAAAAUUAAGCUGACGGCGCUCGACAAAAGGAAGAAGAGGUCGGUGCACAGGGCCGUCUCGCAGAGGAACAAGCCCCCGCCCGCCUCGGACAAGGCCCCGCCGCCGCCGCCGGCGCCGGCGGGCGCGGACGACGUGGAGAAGGAUGUCUUCGUCUGCCCGCACUGCAGCAGGGAGUUCACCAUGAGGCGCAGCAGGACCAAGCACAUGGCCGUCUGCCCCAAGAAACCCAAGGAGGUGAAGAAGCGCAAGGACGCCGCGGUGUCGCUCACCAAGGAGAACAACGGCCAGCUGCUCAGAGGAGGAGGCGCCGCCGCCGACCCCCUGGAGGAGAGGCGCCAGUCUCCGCCCGCCGCCCAGAAGGUCCCGGGGGGGCGGGUCUACGCCUCGACCCCCGCCGCCAAGAGGCCGGCCAUCCUGCCGGUGCAGGCGGUGCUGUCCCACAAGCGGAGCAAGAUCAUCAUCAAGGAGAGCGUCCAGCAUCAGAAACGGGACGAGUCGGCGCUGAGCGACCUCCCCGUCGUACGCACCUUCAACCCCGCCAUGAGGCAGUACGGCAGGGCGCAGCCGGGGGCCAAGGACGGCGUCAAGACCCCCCUCAAGAUCACUCUGGUGAGGCCGCAGGGGGAGCCAGAGGAGCCCUCGCCCGUCCCCGGCCAAGGAGGAGCACAGACUGCUGCUGCUUCUUCAAACCAUGAAUUGGGGACUGACCAACAGAGCCCCGCUGUGUGAACCCCUCCCAUUCAUCUUCUCCGUCGGAAAGGCAGGGAGUACCGCCGAGAGAGCAGAUGUGGCCUGUGGAGCAACAGAACACGUCCUACUGUACAGUAAUGUUCUUGAGACUGUCCCCACUGGAAUGGGUGGCUGCAGGAGCCAGUGGAACCGAACAAUGGAGAUGAGCGAGCCCUUUGCAUGGGUCUGUUUUGGUUCUGGAUUUCUUUCGUCGUCUACCGGUUUGUAGACGAUCAAAUCAUUUCAUUGACUCUUUGCCCCCCGCUUAUGUUCUGAUGUGCACUUUGAGACCUGGAUCAGUGACUGCAAUGCGGAGUGUAAAAAAGCUCGGAGAGCAGACCUCACCUUAACAUUUUACCAGUGGAUAUGGAAUAGAUUAUAUUGAACAUACUACUGGAAUAAUAUGUAUUAAUGUGCCACAGUUGCACCUUCACUUCUUUAAAUGUGGCCUUCUCUUUAGGUUUUCAAUGCCCGCUGCAUGCCGCAAGGUCACUGAACAGAUUUUAGUGAUGUUAUGGUGGUUUCUAUGAAUGCCAUCAGACUCAAAAGGAUAAUGAAGAGAAAUUCAGGGCAAUUUAACCUGCAAGCACGUGUAAAAUAUAUACUUGCUGUCCCAUUAAUUUAUGUUUUUAUUUUAUUUUUUCAUCAUUGUACAAUCAAGGUUACUUUGAUUUGCUUGUGUGUGUGUGGGCGAGUGUGCAGCAAUAUGAUCUGUAAGAAAUCAUGUUUUUCUUAUGGGAGAUAUUUCGAUCGAGUGCAAUGCUCCUGAGUUACCAUCAUCAAUGUUUGUCAAUAUACAGAGUUGUCUGGAAUAAGAUGAAGUCUAUAUUUGCUUUGCAGUUGUGAGCUUAUUACUGAAGGUUUUAAUACUGUGCUUAACUGUGAGAGCCUGAACUCGGAGCUGUGGCUGGGUUGGUCUGCUUGUGAAUGCCGCGAGUCAGCUGGAGAGAACAUACUGCUGUAUACCAACAGCAGCCUCAUUUGAAGUCUUACUUUUGCACAUUUGAAACAGAUUGGAAUGAAAAUGGGUAUUUCAAUGGUCUGUUUCUUGGGCGAGGAUGUUUGUUUUCUCUGUAAAAUUCAUUGUGGCUUUCAUAGUCUGUAAAAAGUGAGAUUUUUUUGGUUUGUCAGGGUGCAUAUGAUGCUUUGACGUUGAGAUGCAGUGUAUGUGUCGUAUGUGAUCCACACGUAACUGGCUGGAAUGGUCACUAUACAGGGUAGACUUAAUUUGGUUCAUUAAUUUAUAAGUGCUCUGUAUUUAAUUGAUAUUUUCAGAUAUUGCUGGUAAUAAGUUCAGAAAAAUGUUCCUCUAUGAUGUACAGGCUGGAUUAGAAUGUUAUUUUACUGUGAAAAGUGCUUUUAUCAUUUAAAUGUGUACAAUUAAUUAUGCAUAUUUAUUAAUUUAAAUUUAUGUUGGCCUGAUUCCUCUAUGAUUUGCACUAAUGUUUCCAUAAGUGUUCAAAAUUAAAAGGAGAAUGUUUA